CAACCGGGCAAUGUUCAGGCAAUAAUAUAGGAAAUGUAGACCACCUAGUGAAAUUUCUUGGAACGAUGGCUGCCUAGCCGUAAACCGGAUUAACAUAUUUCCCUACUUUCCAGGAUAAGUCUGACAUCUAUGUUUUUCAACAGUUUCGAAGAAAUUUCGGACAUAGCAAUGGGAUUCUCAUCUAAUCUCCAAGGGCAGGCUUCCCACGAGGCGCUCCUGGGUAGACAAGAUGCUGAAAUCAAGCUUCUCGAUACAAUGCGUCGAUGUUUGACCAAUAAGGUGAAAUCAGACCGGGACUAUGCCUCGACAAUAUCCUCCUUAACAACGCAAGGACGAAAAGUUGAACGCAGCGAAGAUCUUGCCGGCAGUUUAAUUGCGCAGAGCUGGAAGGAUAUAAUGGAUUCGGUGGAACAAAGCGCCAAACUGAUCAAGCAGCAAGCUGAUUUAAUGGAGAGUGUUGUUGUAGAGCACAUAAGUAGCCUCCAUACGGAGAGAAGGCGGGCUCGUAAACUUUACCAGGAAGAACACACAUGGUUAAACAAUCAAUUUCAACAGUUAACCGACGAUGUAGCUAGGAAAAAAACUGAAUAUCAAAAAAGUCUGGAGGUAUACAAAUUGAUGAGAUCUCGUUUUGAAGAACAUUACGUUAAAUCGGGAAGAGGUGGGAGGAAACUAGAUGAGGUUAGAGAGAAAUAUCAGAAGGCAUGUCGAAAACUUCAUUUGACUCACAACGAAUAUGUGUUACUACUUGGAGCGGUAACUGAAUGUGAACACGAUUUACGGACCUCUUAUCUACCUAGUUUACUACAACGUCAACAAGCUGUUCACCAAGAAUUUAUCGUAACAUGGAAAAGUAUUCUGCAAGAUAUAGUAAAAUACUCAGACUUUACAACCGAAAAGUUUCUAGAAAUUCACACGCGGAUGGAAAAAGCUGUAGAUACUAUAAAACCUAUUGAUGAGUAUAAAGAUUUCAUUGGAAAACAUAGAACCCGCCCAGCAUCUCCAAUAAGAUUUACGUUUGAGGAAAAUCUUAUCGAUGACACAUCUGGGAAAUUGCUGCCAAACAAAUUAACUGUUGAUAAUCUAACGAUAGAUUGGCUGCGCAGCCGACUCACAGAGCUAGAAACAUCUCUCAAAACUACACAAUUGAGCAAACAGGCUAUGCUGACACCGCCGGAACCUAUCUGUGAUUCUAAAAUAUUAAGUGUCGAUUACUCACGAGAAAGGGAAGAGCUGCGGCAGCGAUGUCAGGAGAAGAAAUUACUGAGGCAAGCAGAAGUGAUUCGAGGAGCCCUCAAUGAACUUGGCUGCGAAGAAUUACCGUCUGGUUGCGAUCUCUCAAUGGAAGGGUCUUUCACGGAACCAGCAGUAAACAACAAAAGAAAUACGGUUCCAGACAUUGGUUUCUUUACAUUGCGCAGGAAUCAGCGUAUUGUUACAUUGUUAAAAUCUCCAUUCAAAUCAUUACCUUCGAUAAGUAAUGAAAAGAAUGGCCUAGUUAGAGCAAAUAGUGAGGGCCCGAUGACACAGCGAAUUGAUACUCCACCGGUUGUACCACUACGUGGCGUCUGCAAUUUAAGUAACAAUCAAAAGGGUGGAGGAGGCUUGAUGGAAGAAGAAUGGUUUCAUGGUGUGUUGCCUCGGGAAGAAGUUGUAAGACUUCUCGUCAAUGAGGGUGACUACUUAGUACGAGAAACUACAAGAAACGACGAGUGUCAGAUCGUACUUUCAGUUUGUUGGGACGGACAUAAACAUUUUAUCGUACAAACCACAUCUGAGGGACACUUCAGGUUUGAAGGUCCUUCGUUUCCGUCAAUUCAAGAGUUGAUAGUACAUCAAUGGCAGUCUGGAUUACCAGUAACUAGUCGAUCUGGUGCUAUUUUGAGAACGCCCAUUUUAAGAGAACGGUGGGAACUCAAUAAUGAUGAUGUAGUUCUUAUAGAUAAAAUAGGCCGAGGUAACUUUGGCGAUGUGUACAAAGCUCAAUUGAAAUCAUCGAAAAUCGAUGUAGCAGUUAAGACGUGCAAGGUAACUUUACCGGAUGAACAAAAAAAGAAAUUUUUGCAAGAAGGACGGAUUUUGAAACAGUACGACCAUCCGAACAUUGUUAAGCUCAUUGGAAUCUGUGUACAGAAGCAACCUAUUAUGAUCGUUAUGGAAUUGGUACCAGGUGGAUCACUCCUGACCUACUUGAGAAAAAACGCAAGCACUAUAACUCAACGUGAACAACUUAGAAUGUGCAAAGAUGCUGCUGCUGGUAUGUGCUACUUGGAGUCAAAAUACUGUAUUCAUAGAGAUUUGGCAGCCCGAAAUUGCCUUGUUGGCUAUGAGUCUAUAGUAAAAAUAUCCGAUUUUGGAAUGUCGCGCGAGGAAGAAGAAUACAUUGUUUCUGAUGGCAUGAAGCAAAUACCAAUUAAGUGGACAGCGCCAGAAGCAUUGAAUUUUGGCAAAUAUACUUCUCUUUGCGAUGUUUGGAGCUAUGGUGUUUUGAUAUGGGAAAUAUUUUCCAAAGGAGGAACCCCAUACAGUGGCAUGUCAAACUCAAAGGCACGAGAGAAGAUUGACACGGGAUAUCGAAUGCCUACCCCAGAAGGUACUCCAGAUGAAAUUUACCGGUUAAUGUUACGCUGUUGGGAGUACGAGCCAGAGAAAAGGCCACAUUUUGAACAGAUAUACACCGUUGUUGAUACAUUGUCGCAAGCACUGUAAUGCCUAAUGCAGCUCACUUGUAAUAUCUGACUACGGAAAACAUGAGAGCUUCUACCGUAAUAAUUCACCUUAUUACCCAAACGACGGGUUUACCAAUUAUAGGUUCCUUUAUACAUGACUUCUUUUGCUACUCAAACACACACACUUAUCUACUUAUUUGUGUAUAUUUUAAGCAAGCGUGCUCAAGUCGAAUCUAAUUCACUUCUUGUGAAAGAUACUACGACGGUAUGAGAAUGUGAAUAUAAUUUAAUUGGCCUGCAUGGAGUCUCAGUAUCACGCCAGCAAAAUGAGAAAAAAAUUGAUUAGUCGCGUUUAUAUGGGGUUCACCAUAGUUUUGUUUUCAUUGAGGUGCAUUUGCAUCUACUCCAAUAUAAAAUAAAAUAUUUCUUCAUCUGAUUUGAGCAUGAUCUUUCAAUACAAUGCAGCUUUUAAACAGUGUGUGUAAGAUAUUGUUUAUUAUUUCUGAGCUGCAAUAUUCGUCUGUAAUAAAAGUAGAGUUAGGUUUUUUUUUCUCAAGUAGUAUGUUAAACAAUGACAAGGUGAACUAAGAAUUUAAGUUUUAUAUUUUGAAUUUCUUUCAGCUACCAUACUAAUAUUAUAUAAUGCAAAGAUUUUUCUGAUAGGAGAUUUUCAAUAAAAUAGAAUAAUAAUUACGCUGCUAAUUAUGGCAUCCAUAUGUACGUAGGUUAAGGAAAAAGCAGCUUAUUGUUUAAGUAUUAAAACCGUAUUUCUCGUGAUAAUAUUUGCAGCUAUUUUUGAAAAACUUUUACCCACAAAAUUGACUUAGUUUUAAAUACUUCAGGAGAUUACAUUUUUUGAUAAAAUUAUUACAUUUUUAUAUCUUCCACAUUAAUUAACGGAAAAAUAGUACUAUUCUGUGAACAUAAUACAGCCGUUUUUUAGUUUUGUGAAUGGAAGUAACAUUCUGCAAAGCGAAAUAUUUCUUUCAAAAGUAUAUGUUCAAUUUAAUAGACGUCUAUCUAACCGCGUAAAUUAUAUGUCAGCUUUCCAUGCAUCAAUCGCUUUGGAAUUACACUAAAAUAGAAUCUUUUUAAACUCGAAUUUCGAAAUAAAUCGCCGAAUCCCAGAAACAUUGCUAAACUGAAAAAAAUGAAGACAAUAUUACUGCCAUGUAGACUGUUUAGCUCCCGUUGUGGUGCAUAAACUCGGUUGAGUCUGCACUAAAAAUUUCAUUAAAUGUACGCUUAGCGAAAUUCUACCGAAUUUCUUGAUUAAUAUGAUUUUUGAAUUCUUCCAGUCAUUUAUUCAUAUAUCUCAUUUUUCCUUGAAAUGCAAGAAAAUGACGUUCAAUAUUUUACAACAAGUCCAAUAAAAAUGUAUAAGCACUUUGAGCAUCAGCCGUUGUUGCCAUAAAUGUUGAUAAUAAAUAGUGGUCAAGACAUGUCGCCAAAUUAUGUAUUAAAACAGGAAUAAACUGAAUAUCAAAUGUAAUUCUAUUUGCAAUAGGGCUAUACUACUUCGAGAACCUCUGCGCAGGUAGAAAUCAUUUCUAUUUGCUAAUUGGAAAGGUUGACAACUGACUAGCGCGUUCGUAUUAUUUAAUAAUGUUACUUUACAUCUCAUUGAUAUUAAUAAUUUACCAUUGUUGGAAGAAAUGAUUAUUGAUAUGUUAUAAGUAUUUUAAAUAUCAGACGCUAUCAUUCUUAUAAGUUAAUGUCUAUUGCUGUGCAAUAUAAAAAUCGUUUCUAUAGAGUAUAUUCUUUAAAGUUGCUAAUCUGAAUAUGGAAUCAGUCAACUAGGAAGAAGUUAUGGAAUAAUGUAUAUUGUUUUAUUCAUAUAUGUAUGUGAAUUACAAAUGAACAAAAUAAUGUACAUGAUCCUAUAUACAUAUGUACGUAGAUUAUCGUUUUUAUUAUAUAUAUAGCCAUUACAGGCAAGAAUAUAGUCAGUUGAUGUUCAUUUAAUUGUUAAAUUUUAUUCGUUUGAUAAGUCUAACAUUGAUGGAAUAAAAAAGCAAUAUUUUAACAAAAAAACCAUGCUUUCAUCUUCAAAGAUGUUAAUUUAUUUAGUAUUCCAUAACCAAUCCGUACGUUAAUUUAAAAAAUUCAACGCUUCAACUGAUUCGAAUUUAUUUCUACCUGUACAAAACAUACAUAGAAAGAUCUGGUUGUAACUGCAAUCAUAUAACGUAACUUUUUUCCACUGACUAGGACUUUGUUCACGGAGAGAAUUGAAUGAAUUUUCGUAAACCUUCUUAAUAUUCAAGCAACUCACGAAUCGAAUACCCCAUAAUAAAAAUUUGGCAUCUAAAAUGAAUUUGAGUCUUAUAUGUAUCUCGUAUUGCAGCCUUUAGAGUAUAUUUCAA